AUGGCCCCGCCGGGCCCCGCGGCGCUGCGCUGCGCGCUCCUGUGCGCGCUGCUGUGCGCGCACGGACCCGCUCCCACCCGCGCAGGAGAGUGUGGCCGGCUGAGCUCCUGCGAGCUGUGCACGGCUGGGCACCCCCACAACGGCACCGGCUGCGUCUGGGCGGGCUGCGGGACCCCCGGGGAGCCAGGAGCCGGGAGCUGCGUGCAGAGAGGCUCAGCCGUGCCGGGGACCUGUGCUCUCUACAACAGCAGCGCCCUGUGCCGAGCGCUGAAGUCCCACACGGAGGAGCCUCCGCGGUCCCAUAGCAAGGAGCCGGUGACACACCCCACGAGGACCACCACCACCACGAGUGCCCCGCUGACGGGCAGCCCCGAGUUCCACGCGCCCGGCUUCGACACGGCCAGCUUCAUCGGGGGCAUGGUGCUGGUGCUGUGCCUGCAGGCCGUGGCCUUCUUCCUCUUCAAGUUCAUCAAGUCCAAGGACAGCACCUACCAAACGCUAGAGGACAACCAGUAGGUGCUGGGCAGAGGGGAGGGGGUGCCCCCCACCCACCCCCAGAGCUUCCCCCCUGCCUCGCCCUCCCCGGGCGCAGGGGACGGGGCCCUCUCCGCUGGUUUGCAUGACGGCGUUUCCCAACUGGUUUUGCUGUUUCCUGUCGGUUGUUAGGGAGAGAAGGGAAGGGGGUCCCCCCUGGCCCCCUUUGUGGCAUGGAGCCCCUCGGGGGCAGCCCCGUAGAGCCCCUUCUGCCACCUGAGUGAGGUGUCCCCAGUGCCCCCAGUGCCCCCAGCCCCACCCUGAGCCUCCCUGAGAGCGCGGGGACCGCAGGGCUCCCAGUCUGGCCCCAGUCUGGCCCCAGCAGCCCCUCCCACCCUCAGCACCCCCUGCCCCACUG